AUGAGUGUGGAAAUUUUGGAAAACGGCGCGUGGCCAAAUGAAAGUAAUUGUCACAAAGGACUUGAGAUGAUAGAGGACAAUUCGACGCAUGAUGCCUCUUAUAAUAUAUUGCAGAAACGUUUGAACAUCGUAAACUCACAGGCGAAGGAGAUGAGUAUGGCAGGGCAAAUGUUCCUCCAACGUGAUGCCCAUGAAGCGAAUGGUCUAGUCAGAUGCAAGGCUGGUUUCGACAAUAAGUAA